UGUAUCUGCAACCGCGACACCCUUUCCAUCCCUAGUUAACUUGAGCAAUCUCCUGAAGACUCUGGGCAGGGGUGAGGAGUGGCGGACCAGUUUUCUGGGGAACGUCUCCACCACCGAGUUGAGGCUUUUCCUAGAAAGUCACCGGAAAUGGUUAUUAGCGGACUAGGAAGUGGAGCUAGUCUAGAUUUCUCUGUUUUCUCGUUUCUUGGAGAGCGUAUCGGCAGGAAGGUCGGUGUCUCCGGCCUGCGUGGGGCGGGCUCUGCAGUGGGGACGCUUCUGGGCUGCCUGCGGAGUCCCGGAGCCGGCAGAGGGGCGGGUGGGGAGGAACCCGACGCCGCCACGGGCGGUGUUUAAUACACUCGCGGCCAGGAACACCCGGAUUGCUGGCCGGAAGGGGGCUGGGUGUUGUGGCUGGAUUUGAGAGGGUGGUCAGUUUACGGCCACCUCCAGACAGGUCUUUCCCCUCCCUUUUUGCCUACCCGCCUCCAUCCCUUCUUCAUCGCAUCGAUUCCUUACCCAUUCUUUUCCUUUUUAUUCUUCUCUCCAGCAUCCAUUCAUUUAUUCAUUCAUUCAGCCGAUUUUUAAUCGAGCGCCUACUAGUGUAGGCGCUGUUCUAAGCAUUGGCAAUACCGCAGUGAACAAAACUGACAUAAAUUCCUGCCUUCACGGAGCCUAGAAGCCCACAUUUUAGCGAGAGGAGACCGACAAUAAGUAGUCAUAGUACACAAGUAACUUGUGCACCAUGUUGGAAAGUGAUAAAGUGCCAUAGGGGGAAAAAAAUGUAAAGCAAGGCAAGGUAUAUCAGGAUUGGAACCUUGCGUUUUAAGUAGGCUACUUAGAGUAGGCCUCCUUGGGAAGAUGACAUAAAAAAACGCUUGAAAGAGGCAAGCCGUGGAGAUAGCUUGAGGUGGAGGGAACAGCCAGUGCAAAGGCCCUGAGAUGAAACCGUGCCUAAGAUGGAAGGGAAAGAAGCUCAGUGUGGCUGAGGAGGAUCAAGUGAAGGGAAGAAUAGUAGGGGGAGGUCAGAGACAAUGGGCCCAUCUGGUAGAUUUGUAUGCCAUUGCAAGGACCUCAGCUUUUAUUUUAAGAAAGCCAUUGGAGGAUUUUGAGCAAAGAUGAAAGGAUCCAACUUAAGUUUUAAAAGGACCACUCUAAUUGCUUUACUGUGAAGAGACAGGAAGAAAGCAAGGAGACCAGUUUGAAAGCUACUGCAUAAAUGGGAGGUGCAGGAUGGUGAUGGUUACUUGGAUCAUGGUGGUCGCAGUGCAAGUAGUGAGAAGAGGUUUUAUUCUGGAUAUAUUAACAUUUUCAAUUUGUCUUCCGGUGCUCCUCAUCACCUACAGAUGCCUCAGUUUCUCAGUGAUUUCAUCUUGUUGCUGUAAUUACAUUCCUCUCUUUUCCCUUCACCAAAUAUGCUCACAAACCCCAAAUCCAGGGCAGUCUUUGACACAUCAAACCGAAUAGAGGGUCCUUUGGCUGACAUCACCAAGACUCGUGUUCCCAAAAGAGGCUGGGAUCUGUGGAAACCACUUCAAAACAUCUUGUCUGGACAAAGCCAAAACUGGCUUCAGGAGCUGGAUCCAAUCAGCAGAGUGGUGGAAGAUUGUAAAAGAAAACUGGGUAAAAAGAUGCAACAGAUUGUGCUAUCAGGUGAAAAUCCAGGACCACCAAGCAAACUUCUUUGGACCCCUGAUGCAUGGCACCCACAGGAGAGAGCUCUCCCAGCUUCUCAGCAUCCUGCCUUUGCCAAAGAUAGAAGCCAAGGAAACCUGCCAGAAGCAGAUAUCACACUGAUGACCCAGGCCCAAGACCACAGGAGCAUAUUGAUUCAGGAGUCUGUGACAUUUGAGGAUGUAGCCGUGAACUUCACUGACAGGGAGUGGCAGUGUCUGACCCAUGCUCAAAGACAUCUCUAUAAAGAUGUGAUGUUGGAAAAUUAUGGGAAUAUGGUAUCACUUGGAUUUCCCUUUCCUAAACCUCCUUUGAUCUCCCAUCUGGAGCGAGGGACAGAGCCCUGGGUUCAGGAUCUACAGGACAAGGAGUCCCUGAGCUGCUCCCACCCAGUGUCAACUGACAAGACAUGGCCUGAGAAUGAGAAAGCGUGUUCAAAACAAGAGGUUUUUGAAAAUGGAGAUGUUUGGUGGAUGAAAUUAAGAAGCCACCUGGAAGUUGCUUCUCAGGGUCUUGAGGUUGGAGAGGUUGGUGUACAGGAUGUCAAAUUAGAGAAUCAAUGGGAAACGCCCAUGAGGGAGAAACUGAGAGAAGAGAAACAAGUCUCUGAGGAAGUGACUGUCAAGAAAGGAAAGAACCAGAAGGUACUUAGAAAAAACGUCAAUCCAAACUCAAAACAUACCCUAUAUAAUAGAGUUCCUACAGAACAGAAACUCCAUCGCUGUGCCAAAUGUGGCAGAAACUUCAGUUGGCAUUCAGACCUCAUUAUCCACGAGCGAAUUCAUUCUGGUGAAAAAUCCUAUGCAUGUAAUGAGUGUGGGAAAGCAUUCAAGACCAGAAAUCAGCUUUCUAUGCAUCAGAUAAUCCAUACAGGGGAGAAACCCUUUAACUGUACCCAGUGUGGAAAGGCCUUCAAUAGUAGGUCUGCUCUUUGCCGACAUAAAAAAAUUCACAGCGGAGAGAGGCCUCAUGAGUGCAGUGACUGUGGGAAGGCCUUCAAGACCAAGAGCCGUCUCAGUAUGCAUCAGAUCAUCCAUACUGGGGAGAAGCCUUAUGAAUGUAACAGCUGCGGUAAAGCCUUCCAGUUUAGGCAUUCCCUUACCAUACAUGACAGGAUCCACACUGGGGAGAAACCAUAUGAAUGUGAGGAGUGUGGGAAGGCCUUCAGCGGGAGCUCAGACCUCACCAAACACACAAGAAUCCAUACUGGUGAGCGACCUUAUGAAUGCGAUGAGUGUGGGAGGGCCUUCAUUCGGAGCUCAGACCUAAGCAAACACAAAAGAAUCCAUACUCGGGAGAAAAACUAUGGAUGCCCUCAGUGUGAGAAAGCCUUCAAUAUCAAGGCAGAGCUCACCAAACAUAGAAGAAUCCACACUGAAGAAAAACCUUACAAGUGUAAGGAGUGUGGGAAGGCCUUUCGUCAUAACUGUAAACGCAGGGCUCAUGAACGAGAACACACUGGGGAGAAGCCCUAUCAAUGUGGGGAGUGUGGGAAAACAUUCCAGGAUCGCCACUGCCUUACCAUCCAUCAAAGAAUCCACACUGGAGAGAAACCUUAUAAAUGUUCGAAGUGUGGUAAGGCUUUCAAUGGGAAGUCAAAUUUGAACAGUCAUCAAAGAAUUCACACUGGAGAAAAACCUUACAAAUGUGAAGAAUGUGGAAAGGCCUUUCAUCAUAGUUCAGUCUUGAGGCAGCACAAAAGAAUCCACACUGGUGAGAAGCCAUAUACCUGCAAUGAGUGUGGCACAUCUUUCCGUCAGUGCUCAGCUCUAAUUGGACAUAAGAGAAUUCAUACUGGGGAGAAACCUUAUGAAUGUGAGCAGUGUGGAAAAGCUUUCAAAGUGAGUUCAAAUCUUACUGGACAUAAAAAAAGAAAACAUAGACUGUGGAGAACCCAUGAACUUGAGGAGAAUGGGAAAUCUGUUUCCCAGACUGUCUCAGUAGUCAAUAUUUUGGCCACCAACACCUGAGAGUAAUGAUUCUGGUGUUUACACUUCUUGUUUCUCCUCCUACCUCUUGGAGUGGUCCUUCUCAGUCCCAUGUAUUGGUUCUCCUUGAUUCCCUGACCCCUAAUUGUGAGAUCCCAGGGAUAUCCUUGACCUUCCUGUUUAGUAUUUAUUUCUUCAGUGAGCACAUUCACUCCCAAGGCUUUGUCUAUCACUUCAGAACAAUAUCAAAUAGUUACUAGUGCUUACUAUGUGCUAGGCACUGUUACAAGGGCUUUACACAUUUUAACUGGUUUUGUCCAUACAACAUCCCUGUAAGAUGAGGAAAUUGAGGCAUAGAAAGGUUAAGAAAUUUUCCCAGGCUCACGUGACUGGUUAAAUCCUGCGCAAAUGAUCCUUACAAUGUUCAGACUUAUCUCAGCAAUUUCCAUAUGCUUAAGAGACAUCUUGGUGGUGAAGGUAUACCUCAGUUCAGGAAAAAGAAAAAACACUUUUUUUUUAUUGGUAAGCUUUUUUUUUUUUUUUUUUAAAGCCUAACUGGUACUUCUCUAAAUGGGAUUAAUAUUGUUGAGAUUCAGGGACAAGAAGGAGUGGGAGAAGGGCAGAUUUAAAAAUUACAGUUAAGUAGAAGUCAACUGUGUACUGUUCAAAUAGCGGUUUACAUAUGGAAAGAACAUGAACCCUGUCCUACUUUGUUAUAAGUACACCAAAACUUUGUUUUUUUAUUUCUUAAAUAUUUGCUAUGUCUAUUUGCAUGACAUAUGAAAUGCUCUUUCAAGUUUAUUAGGUAAUUUAUCUCUUUCACAGUCUCUCUGUCUCUGACAUCUAUCCCUUUCUCUACCAAAUGCUAUGAAGUCGUUACUGCAGACAAAAUUAUCGUAAAAACCCACAUACAAUAAGGCUAUUAAAAUAGAAAUUGAAACUCCUAGAAGAGGAUUCAAAUGUGGAAGCUUAAUUAACAUAAUGACCAUAAUUGAGAAUUAAAUUUAGCUCUGAGUUUCCUGGAUGUAAAGAAAGAGGUAAACAAUGGAUUACUCAGCAUUUCUCAAAGGUGUUUUACAGUUGUUUGUUUAAAUAAUAAGUACGGGAAAUACCAGCCAGGUGGUGUUUUUAUUCACACCCUCAAAGACUUCUCAGGGCUUAUAGUGUGCUCAUGUCCUUCUGAGUCUUAAACAAGGGAGCUAGCUAUAAGUGUUGCUUUCCAAAAUUAUUUGACCACAGAAUUCAGUUUAGGGGAGAAUCCUUAUGAAUCUUGUUUCACAGAAAACAUUUUGAGAAAUGUUGAUUACACAUACCUAAUAAUGAAGGAGUAGGCGUCCAAGAAACUCAAUUUUCUAGUAAUAAAUCCCAAGGAAAUUACAUGAUUUAUUAUACAAAAGAGUAUGAUUAAAGGUUCAGUUUCUACAGAAAAUUAAGGCAUAUUCUUUAUAUGACCAUUUCUUAUGUAGUUUCUGAUGAAAGCCAAGAUGAAAACAUUUAGAACAUAACUCAGUGGAAUUGUUUCUGAGGAGGAUCAAAUUGGAUAUGUGGCUUUCAGAUGAAACAACAUAAGAACAGAGCUUAGACUGGAGAAUUAGCAGUGGUUUUCCAGUCUUCAGGAGUAUGAGGGUCCCAUAUUUGAUGAUCAACGAAUCUCACAGACCACCACCUCAUGCACCCAUGAGGGAAGUUGUCAUGCUCUUCUAGAAAAUGAGAGUUUUUUUGUUUUCUAUCACAACAGCAUGUAUAUUCUUUUGGAAAAUGCAAUACAUGUGCAGGACACUUAUUUCACUGACAGACUAUGGUGUGCGUAUGGAUUUUGGACUCCCAAGUCCUCAGCCCAACUUAAGAACCAUUGCCCUAAAGGGCAUCCCUUGAUAUCGCUUCUCCAGUUGGUCCUUUAACAGAAUCUGGCAAGCCAGCUUAAAUUCUGGACUUUGCUAGAGUGUUGAUAUUUUGUGUUGUUGGUUGGAGAGUGAUAUACAUGUAAAUUAUUUUUAUAUGCCAGGGAAUGAUAAACACAGAGUUCAGGUUAGUUUCCUCUGACGGGGAGUUAGAGUGGUGGGAUAGGAGAGCAGCAUGUAGGUUGAUGCAAAACUUAGUGAUGCUUUAGCCUAGAGCUGUCCAAUAGAAAUUUAAUGCCAACCACAUAUAUAAAUUUAAAUGUUCUCAUUAAAAAAGUAAAAGAGGUGAAAUUGAUUUUAAAAAUAUAUUUUAUAUAUGCUGAGGGUUUCCAAAAUAUUUUAACGUAAUCAGAACGUAUUAAUGAAAUAUUUUGCAUUUCUAUUUUUUGCUAAGUCUUUGAAGUCCUGUGUGUAAUUUAUACUUAACAACAUCUUAGUUUUGACAAGAAAUACUUGAUCUGUACAUAAAUUUCAUAAAAUUUAGAGUUGAAAAAGUAGGCUCACAUAUCCAAGUUGUCCCAAACAUACUUAAAAGCUUUCCAAUAAUUUAAUCGAGAAUACUUUUUUAAACUAAAAUAAAAUUUCAAAUUCAGUUCUUCAGGCACACUAGCCACAUUUCAAGUGCUGAAUAGCCACGUGUGACUAGCAGCCAGUGUAUUGGACAGUGUAAUUCUAGAUCCUGAGUGAUGGGUUCAAAAGUGUUCGUUGUAAUAUUGUUUCAAAAACUCAUAUACUUGCUGCGUAUGUUUUUAUAUGUAUUAAAUGUAAUAAAAGAAAAAAAAAACUAAGGAUUCAAUCCAGAGAUCCCAAUUAAUAGAAGCUCCAAAAUAGAACAUAAAAACAGAGGUGAAAAUUAUCAAAAUAAUUACAUAAGCACAUUUGCCAGGAAUUAAGAAAAUUUGUUCCUAGAAGGAAAGGCCUGCCAAACACCCAGUUCAAUGAAUGACAAAAGACCUACAAGAAAGCAUAUAGAUGAGCGAUUUCAAAACACUGAUCAAAAGAUUCCCCAAGUUUUCAGGCAGGAAAAACGAAUUCAAAUACAAAGGACAAGGAAACUAGUAUUAGAAGUAGCACUAUAGGCUA